UCAUCCUUCUGUUUCCUGUUGCGAUCGGAGUGUAGAAAUGGCUCAAGGAAAACAGAAAUUUAAAGCGCAGCGACCAGGAGGAGCUAAAAAACACCAAAACAAACCAAAAGGACUGAAGAAAGGAGGAAGGAUAAUCGCACCCAAAAAAGCUCAAGUGGUCCAACAACAGAAGCUGAAGAAGGGUUUGGAGGUGGCCAUCAGGAACAAGAUUGAACAUGAAGUCACACAGAAGGCCAGCACGUCCCUGCAUAAGAAACUGAGUGUGCUGAAAACUCCAGCACAGAAAAGCGGGACAGCAGGAGCCCCAAAACCUGCAGCUGGACCCUCCAAAUGAAAAAAAAAAAUCAAAGUAAUCAGGAGCGUGUCGUCUUUCAUACAGCCGCUAGAGGGAGCUCCCCGCGCGGGAAAAGACUGGCGAUCGACACUGUGAACGGAUAAUUAAACACCUGUACAGUUGAUCAUAAUCUUUGCUAUUUUAAUAUAAUAAAAUAAGAAAUGAU